UAGACAUUUAGAAGUCCAUCUCGAAAGUUCAUUUUUGGGAUUCACGUGUAAAAAAUCAGGAGGACAAAUGUCGCUUAAAUUGAACGAAGCGCUGAAAAUUCUUUCAGGAGGUCUAGCCACACCCCCAAAGCCUGAGCAUAAACAAUAUGUUCAGGACGCAGUUGAAAUAUCCGAGAAGAUCAACCAGGAACUAAUUAAUAUGGAUUCCAUUUUUAAGGAAACAGUGAGUGACUGGGAAGACACGUGCACUUACCUUUUAAAGGAUAUUUACAAAAUAUGGAUACCCUUUCUUUGCAUCAAUAUGCCAUUUAAGAUAGAGCCCGAGCUAGUUAAGCCCCAUCAAUUUAAGCUUAAAUCGUCGGCUAACCAUGCAGCAGUCGAGAAUGGAUAUGUCAAUGGCAUCAAGCUAACCAAAUUGUUUUACUUGGAUAUGAAGCAAUCUAUCGAAAAACUGGGCAAGGUCGAUUGUAAAAGUGGCAAGAGAUACAACUACCUCACACCUGAGUAUUUUGAGUUGGAAGGAAAGCAAUAUUUAAGAAUCGUUGUCAAGGAAAACGAAGCGCAGGAAGCGCCUUCAAUUUUGUAUAACUUUAAUAUAAGUUUUACUUUCUCACAAGAAUCUCCAAGUUACCAUUUAUUGUUUGAAUUUUUUCACCUAACUGAAAAAUCGAUUUUUAAAGCAAUGUCAACGAAUAUUUCAAAAAUGGUAAACGAGAUUAAUAUAUUGUUGCUACAGUUCCAUUUGGAUGAAUCUUUAACAGUCGAAAAAAUGCAUAACAUAACAACAAAUGCAUUUUUGUGCUCAAAAUAUGGCAACUUUGACGAGAUCCUACUCGAGGUUAUGAAGGGUUGCAUUCCGUUCAUAAAAAAUCCCAGACCUUUGAUGUGUGCUUUCGUAAAAUUAUGGAAAUUCAAGCAAGCGGAUUCAGUUACAGUGUCGGAGCUUAAGGAACUUUUUGGCAUACAGUAAUUAACAAUAUUGAUGUAACAUUGAAUAUAAUUAAUAUAACCUCUAACCAA